AUGCUUAGAAAAGUUGAAGAUCGGAAUAUCAUUCUUCUUGGUCUUGGUUUUUUGUUUGUAUACACGGCUUAUCAGACAACGGCAGCAGUUUCUGAGGUUGUUCUGGAUUCCUAUAAUAAAAACAAUGAAGCACACAUCUCUGGAUAUGUUGGAAUGGCUCUUAAUUACGCGGGGACGACCUUGAUGGCGCUCUUUGUGCCAGGCUUUUUACUUUUCCUGAGUCAAAAAUCCUCGGUUAUUCUUGGCUCAGUGCUAUCGGUGAUGAUGGCGGGAAGUUACAUUUACCCCACUCCGAUCUCGAUUUACCUGUUUUCAUUUAUUUCCGGUGUUGGCGGGGCCUUCAUUUGGGUCGGCCAGGGUGCAAUCGUGAUUUCUAAUUCAAAUAACACAACAAUUGACAGAAACACUUCUGUUUUUUGGCUUCUUUACCAGCUAUCACAGUUUGGUGGAACAUUAUACGUAUUUUUUGCAUGGCAAGGAAAGGAAUUCGUUGAUACACAUGAACGGGUCGUUUUGUUUAUACUGCUUGUUGGAAUAGGCACCAUUGGAAUUUUGGCUUUAUGUUUCAUAAAAACCAUCACUGUUACGCCGGAAAAUUGCAUCGACACGUCAACUUUAACGGCGAGCCAAAAGUUGAGACAUCUGUUCGGCGGCAUAAAAGAAUCCUUCCGAUUCUGGUACUCAUACCACUUUGGCAUGCUUUUCCUCAUUACUUGUUACAUUGGUUUCGAACUCGCAUUUUUUCAAACUAUUUUUCCGACAGCUGUAGCUAAUACAAAACAACUUGGUGCAGAUUCGGACAGACUUACUGGACUUAUUGUUGUCUUCGUUGGAAUCGGCGAAGUUACGGGCUCCUUUCUCUCUGGACUCGCAUCAAAUAUUGAGAAAAUUCGACGUGGGCCUAUUGCCGCUUUUGGACUCAUUAUCGAAGUAUUUGCAUUCCUCAUAAUUCUGCUGAACAUUCCCUCUGAUGCUGUCAUCGAACCCGUUGAAACGAUCGCUUUCAUAGAGCCAAUAGAUCGGGUUUACUUGGUUAUUUGUAGUACUCAAAUAAGCUAUAAGAAUCCUUGA